UGAAAUACAAACACUCAAAAUCUAUUUGGAUUUAACUUGUCAUCAACGUUUGAUGUCAACUGGUCGUAGAAAGGCACAACAACUCAAUUUGGAUAUUCCCAACUUUGCCCGAGCUACACGUGAUAAUGGCGGAUCUACCGAAAGACCUCAUAGAUUUCCUUAAGAAUCACCCUUUUCUUCAGGCCACAGACGCCAACAAGAUCAGAUGUACCUUGAAUGGACACGAGUUUCCCUGCAGCCUGAAUGAACUAAAGAACUUCACUUUGGGGAAAAAGUACAAGAAAUUGAGUGCUGUUGCUGAAUUUGAUUACAGUCAAUAUGAGCCCCACGUGGUACCAAGUACCAAAGAGCCCAAUCAUCUCUUUUGCAAGCUGACCCUUCGACAUAUCAAUCGCCUUCCUCACCAUGUUCUAAGGCAUGUUAAUGGAAAACGCUUUCAGAAAGCUCUGCAGAAAUUUAAGGAGUGCCAGCAGCAGGGAGUGGAAUAUGUUCCUGCUCAUCUCCGGCAGAAGAGGCGACCCAGAGAGGAAGAUGACGGCGAAAACAAACGACAAAACAACCAUAAGAAAAAAGGGAACGGGGAGGUGUGGGAGCCCAGUUCCAGUGAUGGGGAGGGAAGCGAUUCAGAAGACAGCCUGUCAGACCUUUACCCACCAUCCCUAUUCACUGUAAAAGAGCCAGAGAAAAUAGCAGGUGCGGAGGAAGAUGGAGAUGAUUUUGAGACUGAUGAAGAAGACAUGGAGGUUUCUGCCAUUGAGGAGGAGCAGAAGCAGGCCCCACAGAAACGGAAAAAGGUGCAGCCUGAAGACUUCAAAAAGAAAUUUAAGAACAGCAGGAAGAGGAAAGGGUUUCAAUUCAUUGGCAAAGUCAGAAAUGGGAAAUAAAAGUAUUGUGUUCUCAUCA